CAGGCAUAUUUUUACCCUGAGUAUGACUACUAAGGUAGUGAUUGUGUGCUGCCACAGUUGUCACCGCUGUCGCAAACGAACAGUUGGAUGUCGGUUUAUAUUAUGAUUGUUAAAGGAGCUGCCUAACAGCACAAUCCCAGGGAAAAGGUAGACCUGUGACGUCGGUUCCUGAGUCCGGUCUGUGUGGGAAGAUGGCUGACGGCGUACCCGUGGCAGCGAAAAGAUGCGAUUCAGGCUCCUCAGUGAGUAUGGAGACCAUCUCGGCCCUGACGGAGCUAGAGGACCUGGAGAGCGUUUACCACCAGCUCUGCGUGCAGGAGAAGGAAGUGGAAGCUGAACUGGACAGACUGGUGGGGCAGGAGGGGGCCAUUCACACCAAGAUGCUGGCACUCCAGAGGAUGGGGCCCAACCUACAGUUGAUUGGAGGAGACGCCAGUCAGCUGUCAGGCAUGAUCACGUUUACCUGUAGCCUGGCUGAAAACGUCAGUCGCAAAGUCAGACAGCUAGACCUCGCAAAGACACGGCUGUAUAACGUCAUCCAGCGUGCUGACGAUAUCCUCGAUCUAAAGUUCUGCACAGAUGGUGUGCAGACAGCUCUUCGUAACGAAGAUUAUGAACAGGCUGCUGCCCACAUCCAUCGAUACCUCUCUCUGGACCAGUCAGUUAUUGAGCUGAGCAGGCAGGGAGAAGAAAGCAGUGCUGUGGAUGCUAGUCUGAUAAUGCUUCAGGAGGCUGAGCAGAAACUGAAGGUCAUUGUUGCUGAGAAGUUGGAUGAAGCUGUUGCAGCGGUGGACCUCGCACAAGUGGAAAGGUUUUUCAAGAUCUUCCCCCUGUUGGGCCUCCACCAGCAGGGCCUUGCUCGCUUUGGCCAGUAUCUCUCCAGUCAGCUUGCCUCUAAAGCUGAGGAGAACCUUCUCUUGGCUACAGGAGGGGAGCUGGGUGACAAGAGAGCCCCGCUGGUAUUUGCAGACACUUUGACGUUGCUGCUGGAAGGUAUUGCUCGCGUGGUCGAGACUCAUCAGCCUAUUGUGGAGACGUAUUACGGUCCGGGGCAUCUGUACACACUCAUCACUCACCUGCAGCAGGAAUGCGACCGACAGGCCCAGAAAAUAGUGGAAAAGUUCAUCCAGCAGAGAGGAUACCACAACAAGUUUCACAUAGUCCAGAGUAGCAUGAUGAAGAGUGUACCCGGGGAGAGGAUCGAGCCCAGAGAACUGGACCCUGUGCUGACAGAAGUAACCCUGAUGAAUGCACGGGCGGAGCUCUACCUGCGCUUCUUGCGUCGUCGUAUAUUGGCAGACUUUGAAGUUGGGGAUGCUCAGAGCGUCACACAAGAGCAUCAGCAGAAUGUGGAGAAGCUACUGAAACACUGCUUGCUGAGCAGGACGAUGCAGGAGCUGAUUGGUUACUACAUUCCAAUGGAGGAGUACUACAUGAGAGAGUCUGUCAACAAGGCUGUUACUAUGGAUACGUAUGAAAAGGGUCAGCUGACCUCCAGCAUGGUGGAUGACUGUUUCUACAUUGUGAAGAAGUGCAUCAGUAGAGCUUUAUCCAGCUCCAGCAUUGACUGCCUCUGUGCCAUGAUCAACCACGCUAACUCUGUGCUCGAGUCUGACUUCAGGGAGGUGCUGUAUAAUAAGCUGCGGCAGGGCUUCCCGGCUACGACGCUCCAGGACAUCCAGCGUGGCGUCAGCAGUGCGGUCAGUCUGAUGCAGAGCAGCUUACAGCAGGGAAAGUUCAACACUCUGGGCAUCGAGAGCACUGAAAACGCCAAGGCUGCAUUUCUGGUGACUCUGAAUAAUGUGGAGGUGUGCAGUGAGAAUAUCACAACUUUAAAGAGGAACCUUGAGAAUGACUGCUCCAAGUUGUUCAGUCAGGGCGCCGGCUCUGGUGAACAAGCCAAGAUUGAAAGCUGUUUGUCCGACCUUGUCAAUACAUCCACCAAGUUCAAGGAUCUCUUACAGGAGGGCCUGACUGAGUUAAAUACGACAGCCAUAAAGCCUCAGGUCAAGCCGUGGAUCAGCAGCUUCCUGUCCAUCUCGCACAACAUAGAAGAGGAGGAGUUUAAUGAUUAUGAAGCUAACGACCCUUGGGUGCAGCAGCUCAUCGUUAACUUGGAGCAGCUUAUGGCAGAGUUCAAGACGGCCCUCUCUCCUGUCAUCUACGACACACUGACCAGCCUGAUGACCAGCUUGAUAUCAAUUGAAAUGGAGAAGACUGUCUUGAAGUGCUCGUUCAGCAGGCUCGGAGGGCUGCAGUUCGAUAAAGAGCUUCGGUCUCUUGUGGCGUACCUCACCACUGUGACCACAUGGACCAUCAGAGAUAAGUUUGCUCGUCUCACACAAAUGGCCACCAUCUUAAACCUGGAGCGGGUAACUGAGAUCUUGGAUUACUGGGGCCCAAACUCAGGGCCCCUGACGUGGCGACUGACCCCGGCAGAGGUGCGUCAGGUUCUGGCGCUGCGUAUCGACUUCAGAAGUGAAGAUAUCAAGAGGCUGCGACUGUAAUUCCCCAACCAGUGCGCCUGUUGUGCACCUUGUAGUGCUUUUGACUAAAGAGCUCUGCACAAUCCAGGUUUAAUCCAUGUUUUUGCAAAUGGAAGUGGGUAGGGCACGGACAAAUGGUGGGGGAUUUCUUUUUGUCUGAAACAAAAAUGCUCAUUGCUCAUCAUGGAGAUUUCAGUCGAGACUCUGCCUUCUGCCCCACGCCGGGCUGAUGUCGGUCUGCAUCAGAGUUACAGCUCAGCUUAUAGGGGAAAGUGAACUAUUUGAUAUGAAUGAUGUGCAAAAAGAAAAAUAAGAAUACUCUCUCCAUGUGUAAUUAAAAAGUGUAUUCACACUGGGAGUUCCAGCCUUCUAACCUGUAACUAGCUCUGAGAAUCGAGGACACACUGGGACUGAGGAACGGCGCUCUGCGGCUGUCGGUGAAACAGAGCAGUAAUGAACAUCAUACCCAUUAAACUGACAGAAGCAGGUCAGACAGCUGAUCCAGCCUAGUCAUUCAAUAUAUGAAUAGCUUCUUGCCUGUGAUGAUGGAACACUUUUAACCUAAUAAAUUGAGAGCCGCUGUG